UUUGUGAGGGUUGUGUCUAUAAAUACCUCUGACUUACAGGCUGACUGACAGCCACAGACAGCUGCAACCACCAGCCAACCAACCCGUGGAGACUAUUCACAGCAGUCUGAACAGCCUCGUGAACACUGACAGUCUCUGACUGCUCUGUUGUUGGUAGUAAGUAGGGUGUCCACGAAACCCAACCAGGACAAGGAGACCGAACAAAAUGGCUGCCCUGACUAUAGACCCGGUGGAGCAGCCCCGGAUGUACCAACAGACUCUGCUUCAGGACGGACUGUGUGAUCUCUUGGAGAACGACAAGUUUGUGGACUGUGUCCUCAAAAUUCAGGACAAGGAGUUCCCCUGCCAUCGCUUGGUUUUGGCAGCUAGCAGCCCCUUCUUCAAGGCCAUGUUCUUGUCUGACUUGGAGGAGAGCAAGAAGCGUGAGAUUGUCCUCAAAGAUGUGGAACCAGGCGUUAUGGGGAUGAUUCUGCGCUACUUAUACACCUCUGACAUUAAUCUGACAGAACAGAAUGUCCAGGAUAUCUUCAUGGUUGCUAACAUGUACCAAAUCCCCUCCAUCUUCUCUGUAUGUGUGUCCUACCUCCAAGAAAAGUUGGUGCUGGGAAACUGCUUGGCUAUCUUCAGGCUAGGACUUCUACUGGAUUGUCCCAGGCUUGCUCUUACUGCUAGGGACUUCAUUUGUGAACGCUACCAGGUUGUUGUCAGGGACCAGGACUUUCUGCAGCUGGGCCCAAGCGAGCUGGCCAUUAUCAUCACCUCAGACGCCCUUAACAUUGAGCGGGAGGAGUUGGUGUUUGAAUCCCUGAUGGACUGGAUCAGACAUGAUGAGACAAACCGUCUUAAGGAACUGCCAGAGCUGUUGCACUGCGUCCGUUUCAGGCUCAUACCUUUGGAUUAUUUCAAAGAGAAAGUAGAGCGUCACCAAUUCCUAAGAUUCAGCCAGGAGAUCAAGAAGGAUCUGGAACUUGUCAAGGAUGCUCAUAAAGGGCGUCUACCAAAGCCUAGUAAGCCCAGCAGUGAUGGGGCAAAGGGGGGAGAAGGAAGUGAUGAGGAGGAUGAAGAUGAGGAAGGGUACCUGCCUGGUAUACUUAACAACAACCCUCGCUUUGGGAUGUUUGAGAUGGACUUGAUACUUAUGAUCAGUGACACAGGGACUGUGGCCUAUGACCCUGUAGGAAAUGAAUGCUAUGUGGUCUCAGAGUCUAAAGAAAUUCCCAAGAAUCACUGCAGCCUGGUGACGGAUCAGAACCAGGUGUUUGUUGUUGGAGGAAUGCUCUACAACGAGGAGGAUAAAGAUGAACCAUUCAGCUCGUACUUCCUACAGUUUGACCCAGUAAGUUCCGAAUGGUUAGGUAUGCCCUCACAACCCAAUCCUCGCUGUCUGUUUGGCCUGACUGAAGCUGAAAACUCCAUCUUUGUUGUUGGGGGAAAGGAACUGAAGGAAGGCGAACAUGCCCUGGAUUCAGUCAUGAUCUAUGACAGACAGUCUUUCAAAUGGGGAGAGUCUGACCCUCUGCCUUAUGAGGUAUAUGGCCAUGGAACUGUCUCAUACAAAGGCCUUGUUUAUGUCAUCGGAGGAAAGUCUGAAAGCAAGAAAUGCAUGAGAAGAGUGUGUGUCUACAACCCCACUAAGUUUGAGUGGAAGGACCUGGCUCCCAUGAAGACGGCCCGUGCCCUGUUUGGUAUCACCAUCCACAAUGACCAGAUCUUUGUGGUGACAGGGGUCACAGACACAGGCCUCACCAGUUCUGUGGAAGUCUACGACAUCGCCAUGAACAAGUGGUCAGACUUCACAGAAUUCCCUCAGGAGCGUAGCUCUCUCAGUCUGCUCUCGAUAGGAGGUUUUCUGUAUGCUUUGGGGGGCUUUGCCAUGAUGCCCACUGAAACCAGUGAGGAGCCCGUCCCAACAGAGAUGACUGACAUCUGGAGAUACGAUGAACCAGAGAAGUGCUGGAAUGGGAUUUUGCGAGAGAUUAGCUAUGCAGAGGGAGCCACUAUUCUUCCGGUGCGUCUCAACACUCUGCGCCUCACCAAGUUGUAACUGAGUUAUAAAUGAUGUAACCAAGUUCUAACUGAACUACUGGUGGCACGAGGUUAAUGAAGUAAAUGAGUGUACUCAUUAUGGACAUUGGAACAAAAUUGUUUUAGAAAAUUGAAUUAUUGAAUUUGGUUUCUGAAGAUGAAGAAAGUGUUAUGAAUGUUUUAUCUUAAGUUUUACAGCAGGGGGAGACAGAUACAUGAUAAGUGUAAGUGAGGGUAGAGGUGAACAACAUGAGUCAAAUGUAUUUUAUAAAAAGCUCAAAUGUGGAUUUGUACAUCUGUUUUUUUGUUAUAUUAUU